CGGCUUCCAAAUCUCUCUUUCCAGCCAGAGAAACACAAAAAAAGGAAAAUAAAAAUAAAAAUGGGAAACUGUUUACGACGUCAAUCUGAGUCGCCGAUGGUCUGGGCCGGGGAUGAUUGGGGUUCUCUCACGUCGAAGAACUCUUUUGAAGAUGACGAUGACGAAAAUAUUGCAUGGAACGUGGAAAGGCAUAGGCUGCUGGGUAAAACGGGAGCGUUUUCUUUGUCUUCCUCUUCUACCAAUACCGGCAGCACUGGUACAAGAGAGGUGAAGAUCAAGAUUACAAAGAAGGAGCUGGAGGAGCUGAUAGGAAGAGUGGACAUGCAAGGGCUGUCUACGAAACAAAUCCUGGCUCGUUUGAUGGACGCUGCUGAUAGAUAUGAUGAGCAUCAACGUUCGUGGAGGCCGGCCCUGCAAAGUAUUCCAGAGGUCAAUUAACCAGGCUGGCUAGCUGAUGAUCACCAAGGUUGGAACAUGUCAUUCUAUGUAGGGAUAGAAAUCGACGACGGCAAUUUUGCAAUAAAUGUAAGAGAAUUUUUAUAGGCUCUAAUUACCCGAACAAAUUCCAAGCAGCCUGUCCAUUUAUUGGGGUUUGUGGACCUAGCUAUACGGCCCUCUCACAUUUGACAUUUUCUGGUGGUCCUUGUACGUGAAGGUUGGAAUGUAUAUAUAUUGUUUAUAUGUACAUAUAUAUUGGAUUUGUUGAUCAGUGAGAGCUAGGCAGCCUAGGCGUGUAUAUUGAUUGGUUCUUUUUUA